GCGAGGCGCACGCAGUUUCUUCUCAGGAAUGGGAAAGUUUUCGACGCUUGCUUUUCUCUCGUUUAUUUUUCCCAGGACGAUUCAAAUAAGACCGUAUUGGAUUUAAUUCCCACUAAAGAGGCUACCUGCAUCUUUUUAGGAGGUUUUUCUACUUUGGAUACGCUUCGCCUCACCAUCCAACUGUUGGAGCGCCUGUUGUGUUGUGUGGCUAAAAUGCGCUCCUUUACGCAGCCUCGCCUUGUGGUCGCCAGGCUUUGCGUCUUUUUCUUCGUGUUUUGGGGUCUACAUCGUCAAUGUGUGGCUUCAAUCAGGACGUGUCCCCCACCCUGCGCGUGUUUUGGAGAGCUAGUGGACUGUAGUCGGCUCAAAAGGGGCCAAAUGCCAGAAACCAUCCCGGAAUGGACCGUUCAGCUGGACCUGAGCCAUAACAAAUUGCAGGUGCUUGACAGUGCUUUGUUUGCCAAACUACAACAUCUGACUGAAAUAAAACUUAACCACAAUGAACUGGAGGCGAUACCUGACUUCGGCCCUGUUGCUUCGAACAUCACAACGCUCAUUGUAGCAAACAACAAGAUCUCCAAGAUCUCUAUGGAGCAGCUCAGGCCCUUCCCAGCUCUGGAAACCCUGGACCUCAGCAACAACAACAUUGUGGACUUAAAGGCCAACUCCUUCCCUGCGCUGCCCCUCAAAAACCUGUACCUGAACAACAAUCGUAUUUCUUCACUGGAGAAUGGCUGCUUCACUAACCUGUCCAGCAGCUUGCAGGUCCUACGCCUCAACCGCAACCGCUUGUCCUCCAUCCCAGCAAAGAUCUUUCAGCUCGCCAACCUCCAGCAUCUAGACCUGAGUAGAAACCGUGUUCGUAGAGUUGAAGGUUUGACAUUUCAUGGUCUUCACGCUCUGAGAUCUCUGAAGAUGCAGAGGAACGGUUUGAGCCGCCUCAUGGAUGGAGCUUUUUGGGGACUCAGCAACAUGGAAAUCUUGCAGAUGGACUACAACAACCUGACAGAGGUGAGCAAAGGCUGGCUGUACGGGCUCCUGACUCUGCACCAGCUCCACCUCAGUCACAACGCCAUCAGCCGGAUCCGACCAGAGGCCUGGGAGUUCUGCCAAAAACUCAACGAGCUAAACUUGUCAUCCAACCAUCUGUCUCGACUUGAAGAGUCCAGUUUUUGGGGCCUGAGUUUACUCGACCAGUUGCACAUUGGAAACAACCGAGUGAGCUUCAUCGCAGACGGUGCUUUCAAGGGCCUCUCCAGUCUGCAGAUGCUGGAUCUCCAAAAUAAUGAAAUCUCCUGGACCAUCGAGGACAUGAACGGCCCCUUCUCUGCACUGGACAAACUCAAGAAACUAUUUUUGCAGGGAAACCAAAUCCGCUCUGUCACCAAGAAGUCUUUCUCCGGACUGGACGCUCUACAGCACCUGGAUCUGAGUAAUAAUGCCAUCAUGUCCCUCCAAGCAAACGCCUUUUCUCAAAUGAAGAACUUGCAGGAGCUGCGUCUCAACACCUCCAGCCUGUUGUGCGACUGCCAGCUCAAGUGGUUCCCGGUGUGGGUGGCGGAGCAGAGUUUCCUGUCCUGCGUCAACGCCAGCUGUGCCCACCCGCAAAUGCUGAAGGGCAGGAGCGUGUUCUCUGUCAGCCAAGAGGACUUUGUGUGCGAUGACUUUCCAAAGCCUCAGAUCACAGUGCAGCCGGAGACGCAGUCAGCCCUUAAAGGUGGAAACGUCACUUUUGUCUGUUCAGCGGCCAGCUCCAGUGAUUCACCCAUGACUUUUGCCUGGAAAAAAGACAAUGAAGUCCUGAACGAUGUUGAAAUCCACAAUCAGGCCCACCUCAGGGUGCAAGGAGGAGCAGGCGGGGACACAGAAGUGACGGAGUAUACCACCACACUACAACUGCGCAAUGUUGACUUCUCCAGUGAAGGCAAAUACCAGUGUGUCAUCUCCAACCAUUUUGGGUCAUCAUACUCCACCAAGGCCAGGCUCACUGUCAACAUGCUUCCUUCCUUCACUAAAAUGCCCAUGGACCUGAGCAUCCGGGCUGGAGCUACAGCCCGACUGGAGUGUGCUGCAGUGGGACACCCUUCACCUCAGAUCGCCUGGCAAAAGGACGGAGGCACAGAUUUCCCAGCUGCCCGUGAACGCCGCAUGCAUGUGAUGCCAGAAGAUGACGUCUUUUUCAUUGUCGAUGUUAAAACUGAGGACAUUGGAGUUUACAGCUGUACUGCUCAGAACACUGCAGGAGCCAUCUCUGCCAAUGCUACUCUGACUGUGCUUGAAACACCAUCUUUCCUGAGGCCUCUUAUGGACCGCACCGUUGCAAAAGGUGAAACUGCAGUCCUUCAGUGCAUCGCGGGUGGCAGUCCUCCUCCAAAACUCAACUGGACCAAAGAUGACAGCCCCCUACUGGUCACGGAGCGACACUUUUUUGCAGCCGCCAACCAGCUUCUGAUUAUCGUGGACGCUGCUGAAGCCGAUGCUGGAAAAUACACCUGCGAGAUGUCCAACGCACUGGGAACAGAGCGAGGGAAUGUCCGGUUGUCCGUGUUACCAAACCCCAACUGCGAUCCUGGAGUCCAAGGCGGAGUUGGUGUCGGCAUUAUGGGAGUGGGCGGGACAGACGAAGAUGCUUGGGCCACUGUAGGAAUCGUGAUCAUAGCAGUGGUGUGCUGUGUGGUGGGCACCUCGCUGGUCUGGGUGGUCAUCAUUUACCACACACGAAGAAGGAACGAGAACUGCAGUGUCACUAAUACAGAUGAAACCAACCUACCUGCAGACAUUCCCAGCUACCUCUCGUCCCAGGGCACUCUUGCUGAUCGCCAAGAUGGGUAUAUCCCAUCAGAGAGUGGUAGCAGUCAUCAGUACAGUGGCUUUUAUCUCCAACCCAAGGACAUGAAUGGGCUCUGUCAGCUUGAUACAGGAAGUGAAACAGAUUUGGAGGCGGCCAUUGACCCCCUGCUCUGUCAUUAUCAAGGACCUAUUGGGUCACUGCUGAGACGAGACAACCUGUAUCCCAAUGACCCCUCUGAUGUUUACACAGGCUGUUCACUUGAUCAAAAACCUCAUUGCAUGGACUAUACUGGCAGUUUGCCCAGCUCCAAACGAAGGGACUACCUACUCUCUGAGCCUUUCGACCUUUGCUCCUCUUCAGUGCUAAUGCAGAUGCCCAAUGGCAGCCUCCAUAAUGGCCAGUCACUGCAACAUAGUGAGCGUCAUGUAUCUGUGGAUGAAGGGGACACAAGUGAUUAUGGAACAGAAUCCCUCCCUUCAUAUAACACCUUUAUGGGCACAUUUGGGAAAGCUCCAUGGAGACCCCAGCAGGACCUCUACCCUGGUUUUAUCCCACCACCAGUGACCCAUAACGGAAUGACUCUCCAUGAAAACCCCUACACUGCCCCAGACUCGGAUUCAGAGCAGGAGGACCACCCCAGAGACUCAGAACACAGUGUAUAUGAACAGCCAUAUGACAACAAUAGGACUGAUUCCAACACACAAAGAAGAACCAGUACUUAGCUGACAAGAUGUCUGUCUGCUUUUGUUCCCCAUGAAGAAGACAACCAAAAAUGUCUACCUCAUUGAAUGGACAUUGCAAUAAAUAAAAGACUUUAGUGCAACAAGUGAAUGUAACGGACAAAGGCAUGUUCCUAAAAAGGGACGUAAUGCGGCUGUUUUGUGACACAGCUCAAUACAACAAUAGAGUUGAAUGAAUAAAUUGUUUUAUAUAAAGUUUAUUGUAAUUUGUAAAGUGUAUAUAACAGAUUGUAUUAUUUUUGCUUACCGUCUCUGAAUAAGAAUAUGCAGCCCUGUAUGUUUUAGUUAUUAUGGCCAUUGGCAUUGAA